CUUCGCCCACGGCAGCAGGUGUAGCAGGAGCAGGAGGAACGCGUGAGAGUAGUCAGCUCCCUGGGACGUGCGACACAGGUCGGAAUUCGCGCGAUGGGCCCUGAGCUAUUUGUGUCAUCGACCGGCGCGACUCGGCCGGCACCGCAGCCGCUCGAGCCGAUGCCGUCAUCGCCAACAGAGGGAGUUUCUUUUUGGGGUCUAGCACCACCACCACCACCACCACAACCACCACAACCACCAGAGCGGGUCCUAGUCCAACGACCACCGAGACCUGGCAACGGCCUCAAGCGAGCAAAGACUGCUGGGGGCCACAGUACAGCAGGCCCCGGGCGGGCAAAGACGACGAACCCGUGGGCAUCGACUGGCUCGCAAGCGAAGCCACUCUUGCCUCUGACCGAGCGCGCGUCGCACGAGGAGACCCUUGGCGCGCGGCGCGCGAGGAAGGGGAGCCAGGAUGAGGACAAGUGGGAUAUCACACCGGACGGUGGCUCGGCCGGCCGCGAAGGCAGGCAGUUUGCCGUCGCGAACGUUGGAAAUAAUGGCCGCAUAUACCUGAGGCCGACUGUGCGCCCCGCGCACCAGCGGUACCCUCAGCCACCUUUUGUCUUCCCAAUGACGCCGCCCAGCACCGCCGGACUGGAGGCCAUAGCUCCGGAACAACGCCUGGACCUUGACGCCCCCUCCCCCUUGCCCCUCCGCGAUUGGACUCCAUCCCAUCCCCCAUCAUCAUCCCCGAGCAUCACAUCUGGAAACCCCGGCGAGAAGCAGGUCAGGAUCCGUCAAAGGCACCGCCGUGCCAUGUCCGAUUCCACAAUCCCAGACACGAGCGUCGCACGAGAAUCCGAGUCGGGGGGGUUCAAGGUCGUCAUCACACAGCCGGGCGACGAAGAGAGGCCGAGGACCGUCGAUGAGACGAUGGACUUGAGCCGACCCCCGGUACUGGAGGUGGCUAUUCCCUCGUGGAGGAUAGGCACGCCCAGAUUCAGCAUACACGGGACGUCGUAUAUUCGAGGCUCCUCGUACGCCCCGACCGAGGAGGCCCGCUCAAGCAGCACAUCCUUUCUCCGUCUCACCCCCCUCGACGGGACGUCGAGCAACUCCGCGAAGCCGAGCUUCUUUCGCACGUCGGGGAUGCCCACCCCUUUCCCCGGUCCCUCCUACCCUCCCAGCCACGGCUCCUCCGCUCGCACUCCCCCCACUCAGCUGCGAGCCAGCUAUAUGUCGCCCCGCCUAGUUAUCGAGCCCUCCAUGUUCGACACCCUGACCUUCAAACCCACCUGCGAUGACCGCACCAUCGUCCGGUACUCGGCUUCCGGCUCCGUGACGGCAGCCACCCCUCCCCGCCUUGUCGCUGAGAUCACCUCCCCCAGAUUUGUCGACUACGAACUGCUAUCCGACUUCUUUCUCACGUACCGCUCCUUUCUCGAACCGUCCGACCUUCUCCGCAUGCUCUUUGCACGACUUCGCUGGGCGUUGAGCAGGGUCGACGAGGUCGGCCAGGUGGUGAGGGUUCGCACCUUUGUCGCCCUGCGCCAUUGGAUCCUCAACUACUUCAUCGACGACUUCCUCGUCGACUACAACCUCCGCGCCUCCUUCUGCACCCUAUUGAACGAACUCGUCGGUGACGUCCUGCGAGAUCCACAGACGCCCAAGGUACCGCUCAAGAUUCUGGCCGAGCUCAAGAAGUGCUGGCGGAGAGUCUGCGCGCAGUUCUGGGACGGUCCAGAGUUUGACAUCUCGUUGGGGCCCGACGUUCGGGUUUCGCCCGGCGGAACGGCAGGCGUCCGCGAUUCGCAGCAGUUGAACUCAACAGUCUGGUUGGAGAACAACACACAGCCUCCCCAGAUGGACGAUUUGAUGUUCCCCGUCAGCCCACGCAGUCACGCGAGUGCCUAUGGCGGCGUGGCAAUCGCCGGGAAUAUCGACGCCGUCGUCGCCGGAGACCGCCCGGCCACACCGGAAAACGCGGCCGAUAGUGAGGACAUGGAGAGGAACGGUGCCAUCUCCCCAGCCAGCGUCACCAGCGUGGACGCGGUCUCGUGCUCCUUUCCGACCAAGAGCGCCCGAGCCGUGCGCCCGGGCGCUGCCUGCCCGACCGCACAUCCGGUCAGGCCCGGCCCCUUACACAAUGCCGAUCCCGUUGCUACCACCCCGCGCGCCCUCGUCGGCAAGCGCGCGCGGGAGCAGCAAUCCCACAAGCGGAACGCCAGCCUUAGCGACUCAUUGCGGGAAGAUCCGACCACAAUGGAGAGAGGGCUCUACAAGAAUGCCGAGUUCCUCUUGGCACUCCCCUAUGCCGGCAGCUUGGUGCGUGGCGAGUUACUGCCCCCCUCCAAGUCCCUCGUCGAAGUCCAUCCACAAGGCCCCGAUGGCAGGCAGACCACGAUAUUUCAACUGAACGCGGCCGAAAUGCCUAAGGACGGCGCGGGUCCAGCGGCCAUGUCGGGACAGGGGAUGAAGAAGCUUCUGGGCAGCGUGCGGCGGGCUUUGAGCACAAAGGGCCAGCAUCUAUCGCCAGCUCAGGGCACCUUCAUCAACAUUUCUCCGAUCGGGCCCAGGGGUGCCACCACGAACAGGCUUCCCGGCACCCCGAUUGUACCGCAGGCGUCCGGCCGCCAGAACCGCGGCCGUCCGCCCGUGCGGAUCGACCUGCUCGGCGCCGAGGUUGCCGAGGACUUCAGGAAGGCGGUCCGAGAAGAUUCACAGGCUCGGUCGGAACAGUCGGAGCAGCCCGCCCCUCCUCCCGCCGAAGCGCAACCGCAGAACGGUACGGAGGAUUCUUCGGGCCCCGGUCCGCACAGCUCCCCCAUGCCCCUCUCCAGCGACUUUGUGCUCACCCGGCCCACGAGCGACAUGGGCAUCACCGCUGGCAGCAAGUCCAUCGUCAUCGUCGACGACACCUCGCUACCUAGCAACUACCCUGCCAUGACCGGGGCCUUACCAGCAGCCACCCCGUCCGCGGAGGCGUUCUCCGAACCUUUCCACCCGAACUUGGCAGAUCCGACACCCCCAAACACGCCGCCGGGCCGCCCACCGGGAACGCCCGGAAACUCCUCGUGCGUCCUUGGCCAGGAUAUGCACCAUCAAUCACUGUCGGCCAGCGAGCUGCCUCCCUUCGUCCCGGAUAUGGAUACCUUGGGAGGCCAUCCACGUCCCUCCCAAGACCAGAGCCGCCCUUCGUUCGAUGGCUGGGACGAGGCGCUCAGUCCACGAUCCGUCGAUUGUGGGAAGGAAGAUGUGAGGGUGCCAUCGCAUCUGUCCUUCACCCCAUAUCGCUCGGAGAGACAGGGCCACCGUGCAUCUUUCACCAGCGCUAGUUUCCACCGCCCGACCGUUCGCAGCUUCGAUGCCACCACCGUGUCGGGCCAGUCGAUCGACGACUCCACUCCAGCCAUGGCUCCCGAGCCCCUUCGGGUCCUUAGGAGGAGGCCCGGCGGUGACCUCCGCGCCGUCGCUCACGUCGGCGAGCUGGAACAAUCCGCUGCUCUCAGAAGAUCGCGGUCCGUCGGCUCCCUGACAACUUACAGCGAGUCAAUCCGCAGCUCCUACCUUCGCAGCGCGGUUGCGGAUUCGAGUGGUUAUGUUGAUGUGGUUGCCAGUGAUUGCUCCCCCGGCCAUGCCGGGACCUUCUCGCUCGGCGCCCUCGCCGAGAGGAAUCCGAAACAGCAAAAGUUUUCCUUGUUCAGCACCCACUCGUCCAAACCGAUCAUGCGGCCAUCGUUCGAGGCGGAAGCGCAGAAGCUCGCCAUGAUCCCCGACGACUUGGACGAUGACGGCGGGGUCGAGUCUGCGCUGUUGAAGCUGGAGGGCAAGUUCCCGGCCAAGAAGCCCGGGCUCAAGCUCUCGAUGGACCUGACGCCGCCGCCGGCAGAGAUCGAUGUCGCGCCCGAGUCGAACGUUGCUGAUGCCGAGGAGGAUAACGCAACCCACGAAGAGAGGCCAGAACAUGGAGAGAUCCGGGUUGCAGGCAAAGAGCACCCGCCAUCCUCGUCCGCCUCAUCACCCACUAUGACUCACCAGAGCGGCCUCUUGAGUGCUGCCAACGCCGAGGGGCGCCAUGGUAUGCAGUCGUUCCUGUCGGACGACUCUCGGGCGUCGUAUUCGUCCAUUCCGUUGCUGGAUCGUGACCUUACCGACGACGGCCGCAGCGGGCGGACGGCAACUCGGGAGUGGACAGACCGAUCCGUCCUUCAGGGCCCGGAAGAUGACCCGGCGACGCCGGAAGACCGCAGCCCUCACGACUCUCAGCAUCCUUCCUAUGAGUUCAUCAAGAAGACGGACAGCUUGGACCUCCUCGUCCAAGAGGGCGAUACCGCGCCCACCGCCGAGCCGAAGCGCUGCAGUGUCGAGCAUUCGUUCCUCGACGUUGAUAGUGAUAGCGAAAGCGUCAUCUCGUCGGAGCUGUCCGGAGAGUCACUUAUUCUUCAAGAUGCCGGAGAUGGCGGAGUCUCACCGAACGCCAUGGGGGUUGCCAUGUCCACGCUGCCAGCUCAUCCUCUCGCCGAGGGCCCUCCUAGCGCUAGGCCGCCGCCCUCUCCGCCUCCCACGCGGACGCAAGCUUCCCGUUCGUCCCCGGAAGCUUCCCAUACCCCGACGCUCCAUAACCAUCAGGUCUGGGAGAAGCCACUGCCGCCCACACCUGACGCUACGCCGACCGCCACCGCCCCGCCGGACCUGCAAUCUCCGUUCUCGCCCAGAGAUCCGACGGGCACCAGAGAGGCGCUCCGCGACGCCCCGACGCUCGACAUGCCAGACCCUGUGGCAGAACCCCGUAGGGGGCCAGCCCAUAACAAGUACACGGUCCAUCUGCCCUUCAUACUCGCCUUCGACAGCGACGUCCUGGCGCAGCAGUUCACCCUCGUCGAGAAGGACGCGCUCAACGAGAUCGACUGGAAGGAGCUGAUCGACAUGCGGUGGAAGAACGCCGAGCAGAACGGCGUACACGUGCGCAGCUGGGUGUCCUUCCUGCGCGAUACGGACGCCCGCGGCGUCGAGGUGGUGAUUGCGCGUUUCAACCUCAUGGUCAAGUGGGCCAUCUCGGAGAUUGUGCUGACGCAGGACGUCGAGGAGCGCGCGCGCUGCAUCACCAAGCUCAUCCACAUCGCGGCCCACUGCCGCCGGUACCGCAACUUUGCCACCAUGAGCCAGAUCACCAUCGCGCUGACCAGCAACGAGGUCGCGCGCCUCGCCAAGACGUGGGCCAUGGUCCCCGCGAGCGACCGGCGCACGCUGCACGAACUGGAGACGCUCAUGUCGCCGACGAGGAACUUUUACAACAUGCGCGCCGAGAUGGAGGGCGGCGGGGCCUCCGUCGCCGAGAUGGGCUGCAUCCCCUUUGUGGGCAUCUACACCCACGACUUGCUGUUCAACGCCCAGAAGCCGAGCGAGAUUGCGAGCUCGCCGACCACGCCGCCGCUGGUCAACUUUGAGCGGUGCCGGACCGCCGCGGCCGUCGUCAAGACCUUACUGAGGCUGCUCGAGGCUAGUAUGCUCUACAACUUCCAGCCGGUCGAGGGCGUCACGGAGCGGUGCCUAUGGAUGGGCGCUCUGGGCGACGAGGAGAUCCGGAGGCUGGGUGAGGCGUUGGAGUAAUGCUAAUAAGGCUUCAUCACUCUGAAAAUACUUACGACGAUGAGAAAAGGGGGCGAGGGGAUGACGAAACAAGACAACUACCGGGAGUUCGAAAGGAAAACCCCAGGAUCGCGGUAAUAUACGGCGCGCACUGCCAUAAUCAUCAUCAUCAUUAUCUCACCACGACCACCACCACCACCACCACCAUCAUCAUCAUCAAUCGCCAUCGAUCUAGACGAACCGAUUUGCUCACGCACAACAUGCAUAUACCACCAACAU